AGAUUUGAGGUGCAGAGAAAAACUUUGAAAGAGGUGAAGAAUGAAACACUCAUUGACAAAGUGUCUAUUAGCCCAAUGAUGAAACCAUGGCUUCGGCCGAUGAGGGAAGGUGUUCGAAUACUGGGCACCUUUUAAGGGCUUUUUUAGUUUUCUAGAAGAGGGAUUGAUGGGCAGCCGCGCAAGAGAGAAAACGUUCACUGCUAAACCAUCCAAUCCCAGAUCCUUAGAGUUCCAACUUUUCGUGCAACCGCGAUUGGCUCCUUUAUGUUCGAGGAUCGAAAUGGGAAGGGGAGAUCGUUUCUUUUAGAACCCAACCGUGAGUUCAUUGAGGGAGAAUUCUUCGGGUUUUCUUGGGAUUUUGGGGCAAAGACGGGGAGAGCUUAAUUAGUGGCUAAGUGAGGAAGGCGAAGAGGAGAAGAGAAACGAGAGAACGCGGAGGGCGAGUGAAGAGCGUUAGGAGCUGGAAGUCUUUCAGUGACGAGACCGUGAGAGGAGCUAGAACCAAAUCAAGGUAUAUCUAGUUUUUAAGUAACCCAAAGAGCUUCAAGUUGUUCCGAAAUAAAAUUGACCCAACAACAGUUAGAGAAUGCAAACUAUGCGGCUGAUGCUUUCCAAUUCCGACAACAGAUCUCUUAUCAGGCUCUCUUCCUAUUUGUAUUCUUAUUUUCGGACACCAUUGAGUUUUUUAUCAUCGGCAUCGUCUCGUGCUUCCUCCACCGCAACCAACUUGUUCACAUAUCCGUGGUCUUCCUCUCAACGUCGGGGAAUCAAAAUUAGAGUUGGAAAUAUCAUUGGAAAACAAGGGCGCAUUUACGAGGUUCUUAAAGUAGAUCACUCUCAUGAAGGAAGAGGAAAAGCCACAAUCAAGGUGGAGCUUCGUGACAUUGGCCAGGGAAACAAGAUAACACAAAGAAUGAAUACUGAUGACAAUAUUGAAAGAGUAAAAAGGUGGUACUGGACAAUGGCCUUGCAGUUGAAGUACCGCUUCACAUUGUACCUGGUGAUGCCAUAGUUGUUAGUACGGAGCAUGACUCCUACAUAGAAAGGGCCAAAUCAUAGUGUGACUUCAGCCAGGAUUUGAAUAGAUAUCCAAGACUUCUGAAGCAGAAUGGCCCUUUUAUUCACCCUCCUAGCCCUACCCUCCUCUCUUUCACUUCAUAAUAGCAUUGUUUUGUUUUCUAUAUCUCCCAGCAAAUGAGUUUGGAUGUUUGUGUUUGCAGGACUGUUGCUUUAUUUUGUGCAUAACGAAAGCAAGGCAACAUAAUUUUGAUUGUUGAAAGUUUAGAUGAUAAAAACUCACAUGAACAUGUUAUCAACGAUUUAAAUAUCAUAAAAAAUGACUAAAUAAAAUAAAAAUUAUAAAAAUUGAAAUCA